ACUCAGCCCCACAGGUGCAUGGGCCGAAGUCCUCUUAGGAUUAUUCUAGUGUCGGGGUCUCCUACUUAUUCCCAAAGUAUGAGCUCAAAAGCGGUGAAUCACUUGAGGUAGUUCCCUCGUAAGUCAAUUCUAUUUUCAUUAUAAGUAUUUGAUGUAACAUACAAUUCAUUUCUAUUCAAACUAUAAAGAUUAAAUUUUGCUGAACUUUUAUUAAAGUGUCUGAUGGUCAGAGAAAUACGAUUUGAACAUAUACUUUAUAUACAUUUUAUAUAAAAGCAAAUAUUUUCUGAAAAAUUGUUUUUUUUUUUUUUUUUGUUAUUUUAGGAAGGAAAAAUAAUGACAUUUCCACUUGAAAUUCCAUGUGAACAACAUCGUUUUAUAUUAGGUAAAAAAGGUGCUGGUCUAAAAGAAAUAUUCGAUAAAACAAAUGUUGUUGUUCGUAUUCCAAAUCAAGAAGAAAAUUCACCAACAAUACAAGUUAUUGGUGAAACAACUAGAAUUGGUGAAGCUAUAACAAUGAUUUAUAAAAUGGCUAAUGCAUUAACAGCUGUUCAAAUAAAUGCACCACAUUGGAUGCAUAGUGUUGUUAAAGGUGAACGUAGUGCUAAUGUUGAUAUAAUAAAAAAAUCUCAUCCAGAUGUUCGAAUAUUCUUUCGUGAUGAUCAUAUUGCAUUAGAAGGUCCACCAGAAGAAGUUGAAUUAGUUCGUAGUCAAGUACAAGCAGUUAUUGAUGAUUUACGAAAUAAUAAUACAACAUAUUUAGAACUUGAAAUAGAUCCACAAUAUUAUAAACAAUUAAUUGGAAAAAAUCAAAUACGUUUAACUGAAAUACAAGAACAAACAGGUUGUGAUAUUAGAUUUCCUUUUGUUGAUGAAAGUCGUUUUGUUAAAUUAAUGGGUACAAAAGAAAGUGUUGACAAAGCACGACAAUUAUUACUUGAACGAGUUCAAAAAUUAGUAAGAAAUAAUAUAUUUUAUUCGAAAUAUUUCAAAAAAAAUAAGUUAAUAAUAUUGUAUUGAAUAGAAAACAAAAUAAGACGAAUUCAAAAUUUUGAAUUUCAUUUUUGUGUACUCAAAAAGUGAGUACACUACUAAAAUCGGUCUGUGUGUCCGUCCGGCCGUCCGUAUACACGAUAACUUUCGAAAGAAGAGUCAGAUCGCGAUGAAAUUUUUUUAUUAUAU